CAGGUGCCAUGGUUGAUUGCUUGCCAAGUACCAUCUGCUUAGGUUGUUCAACGCCAGCUUCUGUUUAUAGUUUCGGACUUGGUGGAAUCAAGAGAAGUCAUUAGAUUAAAAGCUGAAAGUUAUCAUGGCUUCAAGAGUAAUUUUUCGAAGGAAGAGGCACCUUUUCAGUUAUGUAAAUCAAUCUAAAUGCUUAGUUCGAGAUUUUUCAAUUUCUGACCAUGGGAGAUCAUCUCCGUGUGCUGAUUCUCGGGGUUCAAGUUGGAUUGCAAGUCUUACAGCUGAAAAUAAUUGUCACAAGGUUGAAGAGAAUUUCUCUUCUUUCGUGAAGAAUGAAAAAAUGACUCUGUCACUAGUCGAAAUCUCCCGAGUCCCAAAUUUUGGGUAUGGACUUGGAAGAUCAGAGCUUUUGUCUUCUUUGCGGGUAAGAUGGGUUUUGCAAUCAACUUAUGCUUCCACAGCAACAGCCGGUCAACCUGAAUUAGGAAAAGGUAACAGUGAAAAUGAACAGCAUGGAAGUAAGCAAGUGGAGGAAGCUUCACCUGAGGAGUGUGACCAAGCAGUUGAAGAUUUGAGUAUGGUGAAAGCGAAAGCAAAAGCUAAGCAAAUGCAAGAUUCUCAAAAGAGUUCUACAUCUAUAAUUCAGCGAGUAUGGGCUAUGCUGUUGGGUAUAGGCCCUGCUUUGAGAGCCGUUGCUUCAAUGAACAGGGAAGACUGGGCCAAUAAGAUUCACCACUGGAAGGAUGCAUUUAAGUCUACUAUGCAACACUACUGGUUGGGUACGAAAUUACUCUGGGCUGAUGUUAGGAUAAGUUCAAGAUUGUUGUUAAAACUGGCCAGUGGGAAGGGUCUUUCUAGGAGGGAGAGGCAGCAGCUCACUCGCACCACAGCUGAUAUUUUUAGAUUAGUUCCAUUUGCUGUUUUCAUUAUUGUUCCAUUUAUGGAAUUUUUGCUCCCAGUAUUUCUGAAAUUGUUUCCGAACAUGUUGCCGUCAACUUUCCAGGACAAAAUGAAAGAAGAGGAGGAAUUGAAGAGAAGGCUAAAUGCAAGAAUGGAAUAUGCGAAGUUUCUUCAGGAUACUGUCAAAGAAAUGGCAAAGGAAGUCCAAGACUCACGCAGCGGAGAAAUUAAGAAGACAGCAGAGGAUCUUGAUGAAUUUAUGAAUAGUAAGAGAAAAUUUAUGUGGAACUUAUUCUCCCAUUUAAAAAAACAGGUUAGAACUGGUACUCGUGUCUCUAAUGAUGAAAUUUUAGGCUUUGCAAAGUUAUUCAAUGAUGAACUCACUUUAGACAACAUUAGCAGGUCCCGGUUAGUAAAUAUGUGCAAGUACAUGGGUAUCAGCCCAUAUGGAACAGAUGCAUAUUUACGCUACAUGCUACGGAAGAGAUUACAGGAGAUCAAGAAGGACGAUAAAAUGAUCCAAGCUGAGGGUGUGGAGUCCCUUUCAGAAGCAGAGCUUCGUCAAGCCUGCAGAGAUCGAGGCUUACUUGGAUUAGUUUCAGUGGAGGAGAUGCGUCAACAGUUGUGUGAUUGGCUGGAUUUGUCUCUCAAUCACUCUGUACCAUCUUCCCUUCUGAUCCUUUCUAGAGCCUUUUCUGUUUCUGGAAAAAUUAAACCAGAAGAAGCUGUUCAAGCUACACUCUCCUCGCUGCCAGAUGAAGUUGUGGAAACUGUCAGUGUUACAGCUUUGCCAUCUGAAGAUUUAGUUUCAGAAAGGAGGAGGAAAUUGGAGUUCCUAGAAAUGCAAGAAGAACUAAUCAAGGAGGAGGAAGAGGAAGAGGAAGAGGAGCAGGCUAAGAUGAAGGAAUCUGUUAGCAGCCAAAAAGAUGUUGCCCUGGAGGAAAUGAUUAUUCCAACAGCUAAAGAAGCACAAGAGAAGGCAAAAGCAAAAACCCUGGAACAACAUGAACAGCUUUGUGAGCUCAGUCGUGCACUGGCUGUUUUAGCUUCUGCAUCUUCAGUCAGCAGGGAGCGGCAAGAGUUACUGAAGCUAGUCAGAAAGGAGGUAGACCUAUAUAACAGCAUGGUGGAGAAAGAGGGUACAGAAGGCGAGGAAGAAGCUAAGAAGGCAUAUAUAGCUGCCAGGGAGGAUAGUGAUCGGGGGGCUGUAAAGGCUAUUGGCGACAAGGUUUCUUCAGCACUUAUAGACAGGGUUGAGUCUAUGCUCCAAAAGCUUGAAAAAGAAAUUGAUGAAGUUGAUAACAAGAUUGGGGAUCGCUGGCGGUUGCUUGAUAGAGAUAAAGAUGGAAAAGUUACUCCAGAGGAGGUUGCAUCUGCUGCAAUGUACCUCAAGGAUACAUUGUGCAAAGAGGGUUUCCAGGAACUUAUUAGUAAUCUUUCCAAAGAUAGAGAAGGGAAAAUUCUUGUGAGAGAUAUUGUCAAAUUAGGCAGUGAAACAGAAGAUGCUGAUAUAACAGAGACUGAAGCAGGACAAGCUAGAUGAUACUCUCUAGUCUUUUUAUUUGAUUUGAUAUGAUACGAACUUAAUCUAUUGGUUGAGUUCAUUUGGUAUGGCUUCGAUUUGUAUUAAAAAACCAGGUGCAGGGAUAGAGGCUGCAGCAUCUGCAAGUUUGUCAGUGCACUCCCUCUUGUAUGCAGAAGUGAAUUCAGAAAAAAAAAAUUAUAUUAUAAUUCUUUCUAGUUUGAGAUUGGAUGCA